AUGGCGCAAGCUCGCCAUCCUCAACAGCAGCCUCCGCCGCCGCAGUUCUCUACUCAGCCCUUCUCCCCGCCUGUCUCGUCCCCAUCUCCAAAUUCGAUGGCUUCCCCUGUGAACGGAGCCGUUGCACCCCCUCCAUCGAAGCGUCCUCGCUUGUCUCCUCUACCACCGUCGCAAACGCAGUCUCCUUAUGGAUCCCCAAGUUUCAACGCAAUGCAACUUCCGCAAAACCCACCCCCUAUGAACGGCCAGCCGAUGAAUAUGAACACCAUGAACAUGGCUUCGUCGCCUGCUCCCGCUCCCCCCGGGACUAUGGGACCCCCUUCUCGCCCAGCAGAUAAGACGACGGACGCUGCCGAGCUGACGGACGUUCUAGCCUCAUCUGGAAUUGAUGUGAAAGAGGAGGAAGCUUUUCUCACUCGGAGCUUCUCAGGGCAGAAUGCGCAGGCGCAACCUCCCCAAAGAGGUCCACAUACACAUCAUCCGCCCCCAACCAACACUUCUUUUACUUCUCAGGGUUCCGCAGGCACUCUCUCUGCUUCUAACAGCUUUGGUGAAUUGCCUCAAAUGAAACCGACGAUUUCGCACGAUUCAUACGGCGCGGACCCAUCUUCUCAAGCCCAUGUUCCGUUCAAAGACCCUAACGAACCAACUCGCGAAGACACAGUCGCAGCGAGACGGGCACAGUACCACAUCCAGGAACCAUUCCUGAUUACAAAACUUCUCGAACAAAAGCUCCAGAAGCGAGGCUUUGACUUGGGUGUUCGGAUUCCUUCCGAGGGACUGUUCCACCCAGUACCCGGUCGACCCCAGCCAAUCGAAGUCACUGGUCCUGAUGGCUCCUCUGUUGUCCGCACUGGUCAAACAAUCCUCAACCAGGAGGGUGCCCCUCUGGUGGACAUUUUGAACCUUCUGUCAAUUUCCACCGAGGAACGAUUCAGAGGUGUCAUCGAAUAUUCUGCGACUCUCGCUCGCAGUCGCCGAGCACAUUCUCAUGGUGUCGUUCCCAUCGAAUGGAAGGACCUUGCACAGCCUCUUGCGCAAACUAAGGGGAAUACUCAAAAUCUUCAAACCCCAGUCAAGCGCCCACAUACUGCCAUAGAUCCUACUAAAAAGCCAACCACGGAACGAUUCCGGGUGACUCUCAACCGGGAGACUUCGAUUGAGGACAGGCGCGCAUCCAAGCGUGCCAAGCGCAAUAGCAAUGCUAUUCUCAACGAGGCUGGUCGAGCCGACUCCGUCGAUCCAAUGGGAUCCGCACCUUCCACCCCGAUCGGUGAAAGAGCACCUGGUACUGACAAAAAGUCAAUGACUAAGAAGGAGGCGCGGAAAAUGACGGAUUCCAAGGCAAGCGAAGCCCAGCAGCAUGCGCAAUCCGUGGAGACGGCCCGAAUGGCUCUGGGCAAUGCUGCUCCCCGUACCAGCAUGUUCGGUAAAAAGUCAUACUCGUGGCUGAAGUCUUCAGGAACUGGUAGUGGAUUUUCAUCUCCAUCGCGCCAGGCCCCUUCAACUCCCACCGCUGGUCCCGAAAAGCCCAGCCUGGGAGAUUCAACACCCACUCAAACCCAACGCCGCCUUGGGUUAUGGCGCGAAGAUCAAGACAGGGGGGCAGGCAUUCAGGUCCGAGAUGUUUUGUUCAUGCUUGAGUCUGACGGACGGGCAAUCAGACAUGUGCAACGGGGUUACCUGAAGGAUCCUAAAGAGGACCGCGAUCGUGCAAUCUGA